GGAGGGAUGGCAGCAGCGGGGCGCACCCAGACGUGUGUGUCCCCGCCUGUGCCACCCCCCAGCCUUGGCGGGGCAGGAUCGGCCCCUGCAGCGGGCUCCGGAGCCCUCCCCGGGGCGAGCGGGGCUCCCAGGAAGGUGCCCGCUGUAUCGCGGGCAGCAGCCCAGCCGGCCAGGCAGUGCCCCGGGGACUCGGUUCCGCUGCGGUUUGCGAGGGCAUUGCACAAGGAGGGAGGGGAACGGGCUGUGCCACGCCGGGGCGGGAUCUCUGCCGCAAACAACGCCCGGCAGUGCCCCUUCCCCAGGGCAGCACGGCUCUGCGGCACACAGAGCAUCGCUCGGUGCUGCCCAGCACCGUGGCACAGCAAAGGAGCCGCUUCUCCAUCCCGGUGCCUGGCUCCGGGGCGGGGGAGGCUCAGAAAAGUGGCUUUGUAGCUGCCCCCGUGCUGAGCAAAGCUCUGGCUGGCAGCUCGCCCUGUGCCCUCGGAGGGAUGGCUGGGGGCACAGCCUGCACCAUCCUGAGCCCUGGGAAAUGCCCACACUGCUCAGGCAGGGCCAGGACCUUCCUUGGGAAGCAGAGUAGCAGGAAUCCAGCAGGAAUCCAGCAGGAGCCUGUGCUCUGUGGCAUCCUGAAUCCCUUCUAGGGAAGCCAACCUUGGAAAUACCCUGAGAUAUGAAAGGGCUCCUGGUGAUUAACCAGAUCCCAGCAGAGCUGAUUUGGGUCUGCUCUCCCUCCUACCCUAUGUACCUUUUCCCACUACCUGCAAAGCAAGCCUCGAUAUCCACCCUGCCAUGCAGGACCCCCUCUGUGAGCCCAGGCAUGGGGCACCUGCCCCCACACAGAGCUCAAACUUGCUCAUGUGUCUUUGCAGCAGCCUCUGCACCUCAGACACCUUGAUUCCAUUUUUAAAGCAAUACCAACAACUACUUGAAGUCACAAAAACAAAGGUGGAGAUGUUUUUUUCCUGCUGCUCUGCCCCACCAUGCUGGGUUCCAGCAGAAGUGAAACUGGCAGGGGCACAGCCUGGGCUGUGUACCCAUGAACAUCCCCCUGAGUCCCAGCAGUGUCUCAGCAAAAGGAGAGGCAGCUCCUGCCCUGCCCGGGUGAGCCUCAGCACUUGGAGCUGCUCUCCUGCCCAGCAGCUGCCCCUCACCCUCUCUGCCUGCCUGGCUGCUCCUUCCCUUCCCGUAACUGUGCACCCUGGGCAGAGGAGCUGCUAAAAAGCAAGUGCUCCUAAUUUACUGGAUAUACAGUCUCAGCAAUUCCAUAAAAAGAUACAACUGCAUUAAAACAUUUUCAAAGGAAGAUAUCCAGAGACAGGAAACAAGGUUCAUUUAUAUUUGCCAAUGAUAAAGUAAUUGUAGUGGGUUAUGGCUCUUGUGGAAUGGGUUCCUCCUUUUGUCUAGAAUGAGUCCUGGAGGAGCAACAUCAAUUUCUUUGGAACUGGAAAAUACAUGUGACCUGCAUGGCUCUUGUUUGGCUUUAGCUGGAAGUCAGCAGAGUCAUUUCUGCAGAAAACCCGGCCAAGGCAAUUCUACUUACAAGCAGGACAGGGUAAGAAAAGAUUUAUGAAGAUUAUAAUGGCCCAAGGGGCGGUGGACACAAUUAGACGUGUUCCUGAAACACUGGUGAAGCAAAGGAUGUUAGUAAGUCAGGGGGAAGUUCCUCUGGCAUAUUCCUGGAUCUUUCUCACAAAGACAUAAAGGUAAAGACAGGAAAAUGCAUUGUGUAAGUAACUGUUUAUAAAUGCUAUAUGAAGAUUCACAGCCAGAGUAAAACACCUGCAUGCCAGGAGAGCGUCUGGCACGGGAGCUGGGAGGUCGUGAGCCACGAGGGAUCUCACCACACCUCAGCCUCCUCUGAGGCCACCACUGCAGGCACUGCCACAUGGACACGGGCACUGCUGUGGGACUGCCAUCUACCAGAAGGACACGGACUCUGGGCUCUCCUGGCACCUACCUGGGCAUCGCUGCCAUCACAUGGGGCAUGCUGCUGUGGGUGCAGGUGGGUGCCUGGACGUACCACUACAGCGACAAAGGGGACUACAUGUGGGAGCAGGCCAGGAAUUACUGCCAGACCUUCUUCACCGACAUGGUGGCCAUCCAGAACCAGGAGGAGAUCCAGUACCUCAACAGGAGCCUGCCCUACCACAAGUCCUACUACUGGAUCGGCCUCCGCAAGCUGGACGGUGUCUGGACCUGGGUGGGCACACGGAAGGCGCUGACCAAGGAGGCAGAGAACUGGGCCCAGGGGGAGCCCAACAACCGCCGCUCCAACCAGGACUGUGUGGAGAUCUACAUCCGGCGGCCGCAGCAGGCCGGCAAGUGGAACGACGAGCCCUGCACCCGCAGGAAAAAGGCGCUGUGCUACCUGGCCUCCUGCCAGCCCUUCUCGUGCAGCCAGCGGGGCGAGUGCGUGGAGACCAUCGGGAGCUACCGCUGCGAGUGCUACCCCGGCUUCCACGGCCCCGAGUGCGAGCAUGUUGUGCAGUGUGCCAAGCUGGAGCCCCAGGGAGUGUCCAUGUACUGCAGCCAUCCCUACGGAGACUUCAGCUACAACUCCACCUGCGAGUUUGGCUGCCACGAGGGCUUUGAGCGGCGAGGGGCGGCCGUGCUGCGGUGCCUGCCUUCCCAGGAGUGGUCAGCAAACACCCCCACCUGCACAGCCGUCACCUGCCCAGUGCUCAGUGCUCCAGCCCAGGGAGAGCUGAACUGCUCCCACCUCCAUGGAGACUUCGCCUUUGGCUCCACGUGUGCCUUCUCCUGCCAGAAGGGGUUUGCACUGGUGGGGUCAGAGAGCCGUGAGUGCACAGCCAUGGGGACAUGGACAGGGGACACCCCUCACUGUGAAGCCAUCACCUGCCCAGUGCUCAGUGCUCCAGCCCAGGGAGAGAUGCACUGCUCCCACCUCCAUGGGGAAUUCACCUUUGGCUCCACGUGUGCCUUCUCCUGCCAGAAGGGGUUUGCACUGGUGGGGCUGCAGAGCCGUGAGUGCACAGCCACGGGGACAUGGACUGGGGACACCCCUCACUGUGAAGCUUUUGCCUGUCCAGUGCUCAGCGCUCCAGCCCAGGGAGAGCUGAACUGCUCCCACCUCCAUGGCAACUUCACCUUUGGCUCCACGUGUGCCUUCUCCUGCCAGAGAGGGUUUGUGCUGAUGGGGCAGGAGACCCUCGAGUGCACAGCCAUGGGGAGCUGGACUGGAAACACCCCACACUGUGAAGCCCUAGCCUGCCCGGUGCUCAGUCCUCCAGAAAAAGGAGAGAUGCACUGUUCCCACCCCCAUGGCAACUUCACCUUUGGCUCCACGUGUGCCUUCUCCUGCCAGAAGGGGUUUGUUCUGAUGGGGCAGGAAAGCCAUGAGUGCACAGCCACGGGGAGCUGGACUGGAAACACCCCACACUGUGAAGCCAUCACCUGCCCAGUGCUCAGUGCUCCAGCCCAGGGAGAGAUGCACUGCUCCCACCUCCAUGGGGACUUCACCUUUGGCUCCCUGUGUGCCUUCUCCUGCCAGAAGGGGUUUGCACUGGUGGGCCUGCAGAGCCAUGAGUGCACAGCCACAGGGACAUGGACAGGGAAUGCAACAAGAUGUGAAGCCAUCAGCUGUCCAGUGCUCAGCGCUCCAGCCCAGGGAGAGAUGCACUGCUCCCACCUCCAUGGCAACUUCACCUUUGGUUCCACGUGUGCCUUCUCCUGCCAGACAGGGUUUGCACUGGUGGGGCUGCAGAGCCAUGAGUGCACAGCCACGGGGACAUGGACUGGGGACACCCCUCACUGUGAAGCCAUCACCUGCCCAGUGCUCAGUGCUCCAGCCCAGGGAGAGCUGAACUGCUCCCACCUCCAUGGGGACUUCACCUUUGGCUCCCUGUGUGCCUUCUCCUGCCAGAAGGGGUUUGCACUGGUGGGGUCAGACAGUCUCAAGUGCACAGCCAUGGGGACAUGGACAGGGGAUGCCCCACGCUGUGAAGCCAUCAAAUGCUCAGCACUGACUGCCCCCAAGAUGGGCCAGGCUGCCUGCUCCCACCUCCAUGGGGAAUUCACCUUUGGCUCCACGUGUGCCUUCUCCUGCCAGAAGGGGUUUGUGCUGAUGGGGCCAGAGAGCCGUGAGUGCACAGCCAUGGGGACAUGGACAGGAGACCCCACACAAUGCAAAGCCAUCAGCUGCCCAGAGCUGGCCCCCCCCAGCAGAGGCCAACUGAGCUGCUCUCACAUGCAUGGGAACUUCACCUACAAUUCCACAUGCACCUUUUCCUGCGAGGAGGGGUUUGUUCAGAUGGGAGCGGAGCUGCUCCACUGCGAGGCCACGGGGAACUGGAGCAGGGAUGCCCCUGUGUGUGCAGAGGAUGGUGCCUUCCUGAAGCAAGUCCUGGCUUACAGCAGCGGCUCAGCCCUGGCAGUAGGUGGUGUUGUGCUCUCCGGGGGUCUCAUUGCCCUCCUUGCCAAGAGGCUCAGUGACAGAGAGGAGAAGAGGAAGCUCCUGAAACCCACCAGUGACCUGGGAGCACCGGGCACCUUCACCAACACAGCAUACGAUGCCAAUCUGUGAGCCUGCACGAGACCCACCGUGUCCCCCAGGGCAGGAGCUGCUGCUAGAUCACAGAGGGGCUCCAUGCCCAUGGCUGUAGCCUGGACCAGCACUGCCCCUGGACACUGCCACCAUGCCACGUGUGCAGCAUUCCCCUGGGAAGGGCAGCAGCUGUAGACCUACCAGGGGCCAAGAGCCACGUGCUGGGAGCAGCCUGCCACCCAGCCCUUGAACAUUGUCGCACUGGAAAUUUGGACAUUCUCCAGUGGCUGCUCCACUCAUGCUUCCACCUCUGAGCUUGUGUAAUGGGUGUGAAUAAACACCUUUGUCUCACUAACUAAU